GUUCAUUCCUCCAAAGUUUUCUCCGGCGUUUUACAUUUAUCGUGUUUUAUAUAAUUUAGUAUUGGAUAAGAGAAGCGACGUUCUAGUCGUUUAUUAAUACUGAACACAAAAAUGGCCUCUGUCGGUGCUGUAACUCGAGUUUUGUUGGGAAAGAAUGUGUUCAACAGGGUAGCAGCCGCUAAUACCGGUUUCGUUAAGUUCUAUAGCACUGGCCCUGCAUAUGAAAACAUCAAAAUUGAUGUAGUUGGCACCAAGAAGAAUGUAGGCCUCAUCCAGUUGAACAGGCCUAAGGCCCUAAAUGCCCUGUGUGGCCCACUCUUCGUAGAGCUCGGCCAGGCUGUCAGAGACUUUGAUGCUGAUAACAAGAUUGCUGCUAUUAUUAUUACAGGCAAUGAGAAGGCCUUCGCUGCCGGCGCUGAUAUCAAGGAAAUGCAGAACAACACCUUUAGCGGGAACAUUAACAAGGGCUUCCUUAAAGACUGGGAAGAUGUCUCCAACUGCGGCAAACCUAUCAUCGCUGCCGUCAAUGGAUUUGCUCUCGGAGGAGGCUGCGAGCUCGCCAUGCUUUGCGACAUAAUCUACGCGGGCGAGAAGGCCAAGUUCGGUCAACCAGAGAUCAACAUUGGUACCAUCCCCGGAGCCGGUGGUACUCAACGCCUCCCAAGAUACGUUGGCAAGUCUAAAGCAAUGGAGAUUGUGUUGACUGGCAACUUUAUUGAUGCACAUGAGGCUGAGAGAAUGGGUCUGGUAAGCCGCGUGUUCCCAGUAGACAAACUCCUCGAGGAGACCAUCAAGUUAGCCGAGAGGAUCGGCACCCACUCCCCCCUCAUCGUGAAGAUGGCUAAGGCAGCCGUCAACCAGGCUUACGAGACCACGCUCAAGUCUGGCCUGCAGUUCGAGAAGGCAUACUUCUACGGAACUUUCGCCACUGAGGACCGCAAAGAGGGCAUGACAGCCUUCGUCGAGAAGAGGCCACCAAACUUCAAGAACGAAUAAGCAUUUAUACAUUUUUAUUUUAUACACUGUUUACCGAAUCAUGUCUCCCGUACAUUGUAAGCGAAGGUGCUAUGUCACACUGUAGAAUGAUAUUGAUUGUUAUCCAAUUUUUUAAAUACGAAAUAAAUGAGUUUAUUUUUGAAAAAAA